UGCAAAACCCCUAAUGCUCCGCGUCGGCGUGCAGGGAAUAGGUGUGGAGUGGAGGACGGAGGAGGCCCAGAGCUGGUUAUCACUUGGGAGGCGGCAGCGACGCCUGCGCAGUGCGACGGGGAUGGCGCAUUUUCUCGCACCGAGUAAUGCGGCGUCGCUGGCGGCUGAAAAGGGCGGAGAGUGCCGAAGUGAAGCAGUGGGAGGGAUUCGUGUUGGCGGCGGGAGGAGCCUCAAUGUGAACUAUAAAGGAGGAAGUUGAGGCACGGUAGUGCUGCUUCGAGACCGGCGGUGUGAAACUCUGUUAUCCUCGUUCUACCCGGAGCAGAGGUAGAAGCGGUGGGGGAACCCGAAUGGUGAGAGAGCAGAGGGGGCGGGGAGAGGAAAGAAAGAAGGACAAGGACCCGGAUGUUGAAACGGGUUAAUGUGUUUGUAUCAGCUUGUUUGAAUUCUACAAAUUAUGGAAGAAGCUCAGAAAACAUCUGAAAGAAUACUUUUAGAACCCUAUAGGUACUUACUUCAACUACCAGGUAAACAAGUGAGAACUAAACUUUCGCAAGCAUUUAAUCACUGGCUCAAAGUUCCUGAAGAUAAGACACAGAUUAUCAUUGAAGUUACAGAGAUGUUACAUAAUGCCAGUUUGCUUAUUGAUGAUAUUGAAGACAACUCAAAAUUAAGACGUGGCUUUCCUGUUGCUCACAGCAUAUAUGGAAUUCCAUCUGUAAUCAAUUCUGCCAAUUAUGUGUAUUUUCUUGGUCUAGAAAAAGUCUUAACUCUCAAUCACCCAGAUGCAGUAAAGCUCUUUACCCGCCAACUCCUAGAACUUCAUCAGGGACAAGGUUUAGAUAUUUACUGGCGGGAUAAUUACACAUGUCCUACUGAAGAAGAGUAUAAAGCUAUGGUGUUGCAGAAGACAGGUGGACUGUUUGGAUUAGCAGUAGGUCUUAUGCAGUUGUUUUCCAGCUAUAAAGAAGAUUUAAAGCCACUCCUUAAUACACUUGGUCUCUUUUUCCAAAUUAGGGAUGAUUAUGCUAAUCUACACUCCAAAGAAUAUAGUGAGAACAAAAGUUUCUGUGAAGAUCUAACAGAGGGCAAGUUUUCAUUUCCUACUAUUCAUGCUAUUUGGAGUAGACCUGAAAGUACUCAGGUUCAAAAUAUCUUGCGGCAGAGGACGGAAAACGUAGAUAUUAAAAAAUACUGUGUACAUUAUCUUGAGAAUGUAGGUUCAUUUGAAUAUACUCGUAAUACACUUAGGGAGCUUGAAUCUGAAGCCUAUAAACAAAUUGAAGCUCUUGGUGGAAAUCCUGAAUUGGUAGCUCUAAUUAAACAUUUAAGUAAGAUGUUCAAAGAAGAAAAUUGAUAGUUUUAAAACAAUUAUUAGGUUGGUGACUCACCUUAGCCAGAACUAAUUACCUGUCACCAAUUUAAAAUGUCAGCCAAGCUACUAAGCCUUCAAAAAACAUUGGAUGAAAAAUGACAUGAACGAAGUAUUACCCUGUUGGUCAUAGAUACAGUUGAGGCAAUUACAAAAGCCAGUUGAUUUUUUUUUCUCUUUAUUGCCCACCAAGGCACAAAAUGAAAUAGAUUAAGGAAGGCCAGAUUUGAGUUAGUGAUAUAUGGAAAAAUUAUAAAAUCUCUGUCUCAGGUGGUAAGGUUUUGAGUGAACUUGGACUUUGCUGUGAAUUUCUCAUUCUUAUCAAUAAAGAAGAAUUCAGCCUCUCUGGCUUAGGUUUUAUCCCACUAUUUUCCACAAUGCUGUAAUAAUUUUUAAAAUAGCCUGAAUUUUUCCAUUGUAAUGAUCAUAAGGAAAUCUCCAAUAAAAAAAAAAAAAAUCAUGGUUAUUUGCUACUA